AGGCGUUGCCGCACACGGACCACUCAAGGAUUUAUACACCAGCCACUAGUCACACAUUUUCAUACAUUACGCUUUUACCCGCUGCAUAUCGCACACUCACAGUCAGAGGUUAAGAUACUCCACGAAAUAAAGACGACACAAUGGCUAACUACAUUCAUGUCCCCGAGGAGGCUCCCGCUGUGCCCAAAAUAGACGUGACAGUUGACGAGAGCGACUACAGGUCCGGCGCACUGAAGCUCAUCAAGGAGCUGAGACCGAGCUGGAAGCCAUCUGAGGUCAAGCUAAAGUUUUUCACAGAUGGGAUUACCAACAAGCUGCUGGGCUGCUAUGUGGGCGCAGUCAUGCAGGAUGUGGUUCUGGUCCGUAUUUAUGGCAACAAAACAGAAUUGUUGGUCGACCGGGAGAAUGAAGUGAAAAGUUUCAGAGUACUACAAGCACACCGCUGCGCCCCGCGCCUAUACUGCACCUUCAACAAUGGCCUUUGUUAUGAAUUUCUGCAAGGAACCGCCCUGGAGCCUGAGCACAUUCGCAGCCAACCUGUUUUCAGGCUCAUUGCAAGGCAGCUAGCCAAGUACCAUGCCAUCCAUGCCCACAAUGGCUGGGUGCCGCAGUCUGACCUGUGGCUGAAGAUGGGCAAGUACUUUGCUCUCAUCCCCAAGUACUUCGAGGACCCUGAGCAGAACGCCAGGUUGAGCACGGAGGUGCCCAGCCCGCGGUGCCUCCGAGAAGAGCUGGUGUGGCUUCAGCAGAGCUUGUCUGUGCUGGGCUCCCCUGUCGUUCUCUGCCACAACGACCUGCUCUGCAAAAACAUCAUCUACAAUGAGGAGGCAGGCAAUGUAAAGUUCAUUGACUACGAGUAUGCUGGGUACAAUUACCAAGCCUACGACAUUGGGAACCAUUUCAAUGAGUUUGCAGGCCUGAAUGAGGUGGAUUAUAGUCACUACCCACAGCGGGCCUUUCAGCUGCAGUGGCUCCACUCCUACCUUGAGGCCUAUAAGGAGUACAAAGGCCAGACCAGUGAAGUGACCGACAGGGAGGUGGAGGUUCUCUAUGUCCAAGUCAACCAAUUUGCCCUGGCAUCUCAUUUCUUCUGGGGUCUCUGGGCUCUGAUUCAGGCCAAGGUCUCCACCAUCGACUUUGACUUCUUGGGAUACGCAGUCCUGCGCUUCAACCAGUACUUCAAAAUGAAACUGGAGGUGGCUGAGCUGAACUUACCCGAAUAAAAGCCCCCGCCCCCUCGUCUUCUCUUCCUCCUGCUCUUCCUCCCUGCCGACCUGCUCUGAGCCUCACAUGACAACCGCAGAGCGCCCUGUAGGGGUCUAUGUAGGAAGGAGCCAGACUGAGAGUCUGUCCUGCUCAGUGCCUACAGGUCCCCUCUACAUGUCCUUAUCUCUAUAGACUGAAUGGACCACACUUUGCCAUCCUCUACUGACACACAUUUGUAAACUGGUAGCCCAAAUCAUUGGUAAUGUGGGUGUGUGUGAAGUACAGACCUGUUAUAAUGUGAAGCCCACGUGGAUUAUUCUGAUAUCAGUUAGGGUGUUAACCUGCGAUUUGUAUUUGUAAGCUGAUAUCACUAUGAAUAAGUGGAGGUGGAAUGUCACCUUAUCAAACAUAUAGUGAUCAUUGACAUGACUGACAGGUGGCCCAAACUCUAAUCUGAUUGCCUUGAGAAAGCUUCCUCAUGUGUGCGUUCAUGGAGGAAACUCCCAAGAGUCAGCCCAGCUAACGACCAAAUUUAUAACAGUGAAUAAAAGCAAUACAAAGCCUGCUUUGUUUGCUAAAGAACCAAGAUGAAAGAAAAGAACAAAUGCCGACAUGGAAAGGCCAGUGCUGUCCCAAAAUCCCAUGUGAGGUGAGCUAAGUCACUCCCCGCCCCCCUAAAAAAAAAAAAAAGAAAAACUUGUGGCCUGCCUUGUGACUGUUGUUUUCACCCUUAUUUUCUUCAGCAUACUGUGGAUGGGUGGUGCGCCAGAGUAGCUGUGUAGUCAAUGUUGCUGUGUAGUUUGGUGAGGGCUUGUGUGUUUUGACUUUCUCGUAUGAAGGUAGAAACAUCGAGUUGUAGGAGAGCAACUUGUGUUUACAUCUAGCCCCUCCCUAAAGUCAAAUAGUUGCGCUGCAUAUAGGUGAGCGGUUUUGACUCGAGGGAGGUUUUCACUGUAAUGUACGUUUCUUGUAUCGUUUUGACACUCGUUUUUCUUUGUCUUAACUGGGGACAAGCUUGCAUCUCACUGUAAUUUGAACAUUCCGUGUUCAUAAUGGUAGAUAGGAAAUUUGGUCGUAGUUCACAUGGUCAGUUAGCAGUGUCGGGGACUUAAUUCACUGUGACAUCGACUGUAAGACAUGCUGUACAUGCGAGACCAAACCAUUUUAUUGUCUGCUCCAUGUCAGGGAACGUUUUGGAAUCAUCUUAAUGAAACACUGCUGUUCAGUCCUAAUGAAGACGGGACAUUUUAUAUACGUUACGACCAGUUUUCACUCACGUGUGUGUGUAUUAAGAUGAAUGUGACACAACCUUGCUGACUGUCAGAUUGCUGAGCCACUGUUGGCAUUCAUCGUUUGAAGCGCCCGUUGUUGAAGGUCUGUUUUGAAAAGUGGAAUUUUGUUGAAAUAGAAAGUGGAGUUGGUUGGUUAAACACAUCUGUGUCAAGUUAUAAAAGCAAUGUAAUGAAAGUCAGCUGUAAGAGGGACCUGAGGAGCAAGAGCACCAUCUGUUGGAGAAAUUAAUGGCUGCUAUCAGUAACUGUUCUUCAUAUUCACCUUUGACCUUCAUGUUAAAUGUUUUUUAAAUGAGCUUUAGCAGGCCCUUUUAAAAAAACAAGUUCAUCUCUUGGUUACUUUAACAAGCCUACACCAAAGUGCUGACAUCUGUUUUUCUUUUUGCUUGUACAUAAUGCACACUGUAUCAUUUCCCAUGUAGCACAAAGAGAAUAACAGUUCUAUAGACUUUUUAUACUUAUUUAAAUUGAGACGUUGAGGCUGAGGUCUUUGAGAGUGUGUGGAUGUUUCCUUAUGCAGCAGCACUCUAUAUAGUGGCAGAAGAGCACCUGAGUUUCUGCUUCCUACACUUGAGCAAGUAAAACAUAAAAUGUCACAUGUAAAAAUGUGGUCAAACAAGUUUUCUUGUUUACUCCAAAACAGUUUGCUAAUCACAUUGUUGCCCAGGUGCUCUCUACUGAGACGGCUUCGCAAAGCUCUGUGAAGAAGAGACCAUUACUGACAAGACUGGACACUAGUGUGAUGGUGUGCCUGUGAAAGCUCUUAUUUUGUACUUACGGGUUUGAAGGUUAGGCCUGUUACUGAUUUAAGAUCGAAGAAGUGAGAAGUUGUUUGUGUUGAGCCUAAUGUGAAUUUGAAAUUUAUGUACAAUGGCUUUAAGCAAAUGUGAAAAACUGUUUUGAUAAUCGUUUUGAUUUGUGUUGAAGGAACAUGUAUAGGUUCUGUAAAAGGGUGUCCGGUUAGCACACUGUCAGACCACAUUUACACAUAACACUCAUACAUGAUUGAAGUUAGUCAAAUUAGACUGCCACAUAAUCAAAGAAUGUUAGACAUAAUAUUGCUAUUUUUCAGCUAUCUGAAACGAAUGAAUUUCACUGUACAUGAUACACAGGUCAUCUUAGUACCGCUAACAAUAUGAAGCUCCACUACUAUUUAACAUUGUACAAAAGUCUGUCCUUAAAUUUCUGGCCACUUUAGCAUAUGUUUAUAUGUACAGUAAACACAUGUAAUAAUAUCUCUGCUUGUUCUCAAAUGUGAAUGAAUGUAAAUAGAGGGAGUUCUUUUAUCUUUUUUUCUUUUUGUUUUCUAAAAGUUGCAUUAAAGUGAAUAGUUGCCUGGGGUAAGAGCUGAAAAAAAAAAAAAACAUUUUCAAUACUGUAAACAUGCUUUGAAAAAAUAAAGUCUAUUUACCCUUA